AUGCCCUCUAAGGAGGUAAACAACCCCUCUAGCCAGGGUGCUGAGCAACAGCCCGGCACGGAUAUGGAGAUGAAACUCAAGGACGAGGCCGCUAGGCGAGCAAUGCUGGAUGACCUCGGAAUUUCGCGCAUCGAGAACCUACCGCUCGAUACCGGCAAUCGAAAUCAGCAGUUUCACCACCCGCCGCCGCCGCCUUCACGACGGCUACCCUCGCAAGGGAUGAGAUUCGACGAGGUCUGGGAAGCUGCCAUAAACUCCGGGGUGUUCAAUGAUGAUGACGCCGAAGGGGUUAGGGGUUUGGACGAUCUUGGCGGCGGCAGGCUUUAUGAUAACACCUCAACCGGUGUGUCGCGGGGUGCUCUUGUGGGCAACAUGACCAUGUCCAUUCUCAACCAGCGCAAUGCCCAGCCCGGCGGAAGGAAAAAGAAGAAGAAGUCUGCCAGUCCUCUUCAACAGCAGCUACAUAUGGUCGUCCUUAAACAGCAGGGCCCUCCCGCUCAGAAUGGCACGGUCAGGCGGCCUGCAUCUUCCACAACAGCUCGGCCCAACCCGAAGGGAGUUUCACUUGCGAAUACCGCCAAGAUUCCUCGCCGAGAGAACAUCUCGAACCUGACCAUAUCUGAAUCCUCCAAGGAAUGGGUUGAUCCGGACACCCCCCUCCCAGUCCACAUCGCCAACAUCAUUUACAGGGUUGGUGUUAGGUUCUCAAGCCGAGAUAUUGAUCCUGCGAUGCCGGCAGUUGCAGUGCUAUCGGCUGCUAAGAGGCCUGAGAUGGGGGUCUUUCAAGUUGUUCUCCGCAGCCGUGUUCAAUGCCAUUGGACUAUCGCUACCUGGGACGAUUAUUUCACUGGGGCAGACAACCACUUGAGCGUCACAUUCCGAGAUGGGCACAGCAUUCACGGUUACCAGCUUUACUUCAAAACCUCGGUUGAGUUGGUGAAGUUUAUAACUACCGUCAAGGAUCUUCAGAACGGUGAAUAUCUACACACCGUGGAUAUUCCGGCGACCGCGGCACAGGACCCGGCCCCGGCCGGGGCCGCAAGCAGGCGCUCCACCGAGAUGCCUGCUGCCCAUGUGGCGAUCAAUGGUCGCACAGCAGAGACAUCGGCUCUGGACCCUGCCGAGUCCCUUUUAGAGCUGUCCGAAGCCCCCGUCAGGGAGGUCGCGAAGAGGUUUCCUGUGGCGGAUACGUCUCUGUUGGAUUCACCGAUUCCUGCGGAUGAGUUUGAUAGGAUGUCCCAGGCCACCCACGAAGUGGACAGCGAAAGUGCUGCUCCGGACCAGCCGUUGUUCCAGAAGUCCGACAUGCUUUCUGUCAUUGGUGCCAACCACGCGAGCGACAAGACUCCCGGCGGGCAUGCAAUCCAAUCAUUCCGCGACGCCGUCGUCAACACCGCCCGCACGGUGUUCCAAUUCUUCUGCUACAGUGGUGCUGGCGGCAAGACAGUGACUGAGCAUGAAUUUCGCGAAACGGCUGAGGGCGUCAAGUCAGGCGUCCUGCAGUACAUGAUCCAAGAGGCCAAGCAAGGAGGGCUUGGAAAGAAAGAAUUGGAGACGCUUGAAGAUGCAAUCAAUGAGGUCCUAAGGUCCAAAGUUCAGUCGCGACUUGUGUACUCCAUCGAGGACUUGUUGUCCAUGAGGAGUAACGCUACCAAGCCGCCGGGAUGUCUAGCAGAUAUUCCGUACCUACCGAAACCUGUCAAGCGUCAGGUCAGCGCCUCCUCGACGGCGAACAGCGUCCAUCGACAAAACGCUGCCAAUAGACAGGCUGCAGCCUCCAUCGACGACACGCAAAAGACUUUGAGUAAGAGUGGAAGUGAUGAGGACAAGGAAAAGACGUCUGGAUCUGGGUUCGCCAGCCGUCAGACCCCUGUGUCGGAGACGAGCUCAUUCGAUGCUAGUAGUCUUCAAGACAAGGGACUUCGAGGCUCCCGCUGGGCGUCUGGCACUGCUGAUGUCAAACAUCCGGAUUACUUCACCGGCCCGAAGUAUGAGAAGGUUGGGGGGCGGAGCUAUCUGAACGAUCUUGCGCAGCUUUCGCCUGGCGUUGCGGUUACCACCGGAACGGAAGAUCUUGUGGACUUAUUUUUUCCACGCCCAGAGGAGGAGAAUCACCAUCUGGAUCCUGUUGAAUCUCGAACCCUUUUCAGCUACGACCAGGGACCUACAGCGGCGCCGUCGGGUCCAGGGGAGCACACUGGAACCGAGAUUUCCACUCCAUCGAAGGCCGAUAAUAUGGAAACCUUACGCCUCGAGAUGUCGCGUCUCUCAAUCUGGUCUCCCGCUGCCCCUAGUUCUGAAAACAUUGGCACAGUUGCUCCUGUGAGACCUUCUGGGCCCAACUCUUCGAGCCGUGCCCUAAUGGAGUUGUGUUCUCAACCGGCGUCGACCGAGCCGACUAAGCCGAAUGGUAUAUCCACAGUCAAGAAGGUACCGCGCCCGACACAAAUGCUGUACGCGCCCCCUCCAGCCCAGGCUAGUAGGUUGGCGAAUACCGCGACCACUUCGACGGUGCCCCCUCUUGAGGUGUUGCAGCCCCUUAUGGCCCAGACAAAGGCCGCUGAGCACUCGGAAUCACCGUCACCUCAGGUGGUUCCCCAAGCCGUGCCCAAAAUGCGUGGUCUUGCGGCGUCGAGGCACAGCUCCGGUGUGGCCCCGUCGAGCUCUGGAAAUUUCAACUUCCAUCUUCCUCGUUAG